CUGAAGAUGAAGCUAUCUGUUAUUCUCGUAUUAUUUUUGGUAGUGUGUUGUGAAGGUUUUCUCUUCAAUUGGUUUGGAGCCAAAUGGAAUGGUUUGAAAGUUACAUGGGGCUUGAAUAUUUUCAGUAAAAAUGUAUUUUCAUCUUUACCAAGAACUGUUGCUGAUGCCAAGUCAGAUGGUUAUCAACUACUCUCUCAAACAUGUUCAGGACUGUUUGAAGGCUAUAGAUAUAUUAAGAAUGGUGAUAAUGCAGUAAUUCUUAUCUUCGAUACACAGGGAUUCAUUGCUGGUCUUCAAGUUGGGGUGAAGAAUGGACAGGCAAAUGGCUAUCCCUUCCCUAGUCAGAAACCACCAUUUGUCACUGAAGGUGACUACAACUACCUUACUGCCUACUUUGUUGAACCAUCUACUAUUUGUAAAUCUGGUAGAUCACAAAGCGAGUUCGAUACACAAGGCACUGGAACAGGUCUUUAUUUCCAAAACAGUACGAAUCCCCUGAAAGAUCUGGUAAAAAUUCCCAUGAAACCAGAUGAUCUCCAGAAUACCAAAUGGGUAAAGGGGAAAUGUUUCCCUAGCAUGGGUUUACAUUAUUGGUAUGAUUUGAGCGAAGAUUUAUCCUGCCAAAGUAUGUUCCCCGUAUUUUUGUUAUACAAUGGUGGUGAUCUUAAUGGUUUUGGGUGGGCUAUGACAACUGAUCUCGACUCAAAACGAUAUGAACAUCCAACUCCAGAUAAAUUUAGUGCCUUUAUGACCGAAGUACCAACCUGCCUUAAUACCAUUGGAACAAUUUCUACUAUGCAUGUAUAUUUGACAUCCAAACCUCUCCUAAAUUUCUGUUAAAUUACGAAAGUUCAGAAAGAUGUAGAAAUUCAGGGCGUGUUAUUUCAUUUAACAAAAGAACCACGUUUACGCCUCCACCGUACAGAUAAAAAACUUGAGACGGUGAGCUCAAGUCGACUGGCCAAUCAGAGUCGGAUUUGUCCCUGUCAACAUUGGCGAAGGGCUCGCGUCGAAAAAUUUACUGACUACAAACAACUGAAAUCAAAUGGGUAGUGGCAGAUUUCAACUACUCCGGUCGACGACAAUGUGCAAUUUUUGCUCGAAAGUGAAAAUGAUCAACCGACGACAACUAGUGGCAACUGAGAUUUUUCUGUGGUCGAUAUGCACAUUUAAUCCAGAAGUUGAUCAGAUCGGUUGAUCGGAUAUCGCAAGAUAUAGUUGGCAGUCGUUGAAAAUUAAAGAAAAUCCAAAUGUCAUAUUCUGCCAGUUGCAGGAUCAACCUGAGACUACCUUCAGUGCUUAGUGAAAACUGUGCUUGUUAUAGCUCUUUUCUAUACUAUUUUUAGUUUUUCUAU